AAGCGACAAAGAUGACGAUAAAAAGAGGAUAUUCACCUAAUUUUUGUAGAUCUGUCUGACGAGUCAAUAGUAUUUCUCAGUUUUUCUUACAAAUGUUGACCUGAAAACCUUUACAAAGGUUUAAUUUAGAUGCAAAUGAUCUACAUGAAAAGCAAAUUCAUUUGGCUGCCAAAAAUUUUUCAUCUAAACCUGCAACAAGAAUAACUUCCUACGCCAAACCCAUAGUCUUUUUGUAGUCACAAUUUUCAUCUUCAUUUAUCCUCAUCUUGACUUUAACAUUUUUUACAACUUCCUACUUGUUCGUGUGCAUAAAGGUUUACAAUAAGAUUGGUCCAAGUCAAAAAGCUCGUCUUGUACGGAAUAAAGUUAUAUUUUAACUAAUUCAGAGUUAACCAUGUAUCAAAGCAGGAUAAAGGAGUCGCCGAUGAAAAUUAUUGGACCGCCAAUGCAAGGGAUAACAAUGAACCAAACUAGUCAAGGUAAUUGUAAUUUAUGUGGAACUUUGGGAAGUUCAGUUAAAUGUGAUAGAUGUGAUUGUAAGACUUUUUGCAUGUCAUGUGAUGAUAUGUACCAUCGUCAUCCUAAACGUCGAUUCCAUCUGAGAAAAGCAAUUAAUCCAGUUAAUCCGAUGUCACAACGAUGUGAUAAUGUGUCGACUUCAGUCCUUCGUCCUUUACAAGCAACUCUUUCACCCUCUCCUUCACCAUCAUUAUCUUCACUGUCGUCAUCAAAUAAUCAUUCCGAGAUGAAAUCAACAGCAAUCAAAUCAACACAAUUCCAGGCUACAGCGACUCCACAUCAUCCAUCAAAAAUGCCGAUUCCACCUCCUAGAAGGAAAAAGAAGUUACUCGAGGAUCAAAAUCGACCAUUUUUGCCUCAAUUUGGCCAGACACGAUUAAUCCAAUAUCAACCUGGAUCCAACAGUCAAUCAGUUGAUCAAAUAAACCAAUCAGGACGUUAUUUCAAUGAGCAACAACAGCAACAACAAAUGCGACUUAAUUACAACUAUCUUCGACCAUUUGAGGAAGAAUAUCAAAGAGAAAGCUUGAACAAUGGCGCAGGAAGUUCAAAUUUGUCCAGUGCUAAUAGUAGUAGUUUAUCAAGUGAACAAUGGUCGAGUGAAGUUGGAUCAUCAGGAAAUGUUCCUCCAGCGCUUCCGAUAAAGAAGAAAUGGUCUCAAUCUUUGCCAAGAAAAAAUUUAAGUCUCAUGGAUUUAACUAGUUCGUAUAUGAAUCCAAAUCCAAAUGGUUAUUAUGCUGGAGCUGGGUCACCAAUGCACAUGAUGCCAGGACAAAUGAUGAACCCUUCUCUUCCUCCUAAUUAUCCAAUGAGUUAUAGUCCAACACCUUACCAUCCUCAUCACCCCGGUCCAUAUAAUAUGACAUCAGUCUCAUUAGCCCAGAGUAUGGAAGAUUUGGGUCUUGAUGAUGGUGAAGAUCAAGUAUCUGAUGCAGAUUUUCCAGACCAUGGUACAUUAACAAGGAACAAAAGUCAUUUAUCUUCUAUGAUGAGUAGAAGAAAUGGAUCAAUGAAAAGAUCUCAAAGUUCAUUUUUGGUUAACAAUCAAUGGCAACAGAAACAGCAACAAAUGGUUCAACCUUAUUGGAUGAAUCCAGUUUAUCCAAUGUAUCCAGGUUAUCCAAUGAUGCCAGGGACUCAUCACCCUCCAUUGCCUCCAUCAUCGCCAUACAACAAUGCUCGUGCUUCACCUUCACCGUCACUAAGAUCACUUAACAUGAAUCGUAAAACUCGAAGUGUUUCCAGUAGAGAGCAAUCAGUUCGGUCAUCAGUUGCUCGUGAAACUUCACCCGCUAUGGGGAGAAAAUCUUCCUCUUCUUCUCACCAUCAACACCAUUCUUCUCAAUCUCGGAAUAAAUCUUUUGAUCAAAGAUCAACUUCGAUUCCACGAUCACUCACAUCAUCUCGAUAUUCAAUGAGAGCAAGUGAAUCAGACGAGGAAGAUGAUGGAAACCAGAUGAGAAGGAAACACGCCGACAACACUGAUGAUGAUGAAGGUGAUUAUGCAUGUCAAUCGGACGAAGAGGAAGAUAAUGAAGAUGAAGACGAAGACGAAGAUGAUCGAUAUAGUCAAGCUUCAUCAUUGGAGCCAAAUAAAUGGUGGCAUUGUUAUGCUUGUACCUAUGUGAAUAAACCCAACUCAGAUAUAUGUGAAAUGUGCGGCAAAAGUCAUCCAAGUAGAUUAAAAAAGAUGCGUAAUAAGGCCAAAGUAACCAAAGAACCAGUCAAAGAGUCAAAGCCCAACCAAUCCAAUAGAAAUGGCCCAGAAGUGGUGAUAACCACUGAUUUGAUUCGUGAACAAAUGGAGAUUGAAAAAGAAUUGAGACGUCGAUUAGAAAAUGAGAAGAGAAUUGAACGGGAAAAUCGUCGACUUGAAAAGAAAGAAGAAAAAAAACGCAAUCAAUAUUUAUCAACACCUUCAAUUGAUGAGAAUUAUGACGUUGGUGAUAACAAUAUAUCAAAUCCUUUGAUUCCUUCAACUUCAAACUCAUCAGUAAUACCAGCAACAACAACAAUCAGAACGGAAUCGAUUCAAAGAGUUGAUUCCAUAAGGGCUAAGAACGAUUCUAAAGUGAGUUACAAAACAAACAAAAACUCGAAUAGUACAAGUUCAAUGAAUAAUGAUCAUUAUGAAGGUGACCAUUAUCUCAAUAAGAAUAAUGUAUCUCAAGUCAAAGCUUCUGGUAAUAUCGAGGAUGAAUUAGAUUGGCCUGACUCUGUGAUAAGUUCAGGUGAUAAAAAUCGUAAAAAAGAAGGCGAAAGGUCAUUCAGUUCUCCAACAAAUUUUCAAGAUAUUGAGGCCACAUUUGCUAAAUUAGAACAAGAAAUUGAUUCAAUUAGAAAUUCAAACAAAAAAGAAACUGGUAACAAAGAUAUUUCUUUAGAUGAAAACAAAACAAAUGAACCUAAAAAGACUGAUGACAAUACAAAAUCUAAUCCACAAGUCAGUCUAAAAGACGCAAAUGAAAAACCGAAAGUACAACCUUCAACUGCAAGUAAUAUUGGUGCAAGUAGUAAUCAAGAGACAGAAAAAAUCACUAAAUCCAACAAUAAUGAAUCAAGUGAGAUCAAGACUGAAACUACAUCAGCCCAAAAUAACGAAUCAAAAACAACAGUUGAUGAAAAAGCUAGCGAUACAACUAUCCCAACAAAUAAUUCACCGCAAAUGGUGAAUCAACCAGCAAGUCAAAGUACACAAUUGGUACCUAGUUCACAAAUUCCGAUGUCUCUACCUACAAUUUAUCAACAAUCAGGUCAGCAAAUGUAUCCUCCGUUCACAAAUCAAUAUCCGAUGAUGGGACAACAGUUAACUCCAAUAAACUCUGGUACAGCUUUUCCAAAUUAUGAUGUUAAUAGAUUAAGAUCCAACAGUUAUGUGGGACUGAAUUCACCACCGACGGAUAUCAUUAAUAAUCCUUUAGCUAUUUAUGCGUCAAAUUAUCAACCUCCAGGAUCGUCUAUGUACAAUUACCCAAUGAACAAUUUACCUCUAAAUCAAUCAAGUCCUCAUAUGAUUCUAGAUUCAAAUUCAUUCUCUUUCCGAUCCGAUCAAAAUGCUUUGCAUAAUAUGGGACAACUGGGUGGAUUCAAUUCUAAAUACAUGAGCAAGGAAAAUUUAUCAAUUGAUAAUCGUUCUAAUCAAGGGUUACCUUCAAUGGGUACUCAAGGAGUAGCUACAGUCUCGUCGGCUCAAUCUCAGCUUCAGUCUGGCUUCCAAAUGUUUAAGUUACUUCGUGAUGCUGAGAAAAAAGGUUUCACAGCAGAUGACAUUGAGAUAGCAUUGACAUUUAAUUCAACUUCACCUUUAGACUGGUUGGACGAGAAUUGGAACAAUAUGGUUGAAACUGUCUUAACUUUGUCAAAUAAUCAGCUGGUGCAAAAUGAGAAGAAAAGACUUGGUAAAAAAUAUAAAUUAACAGCCAUUGAUUUAGUAACCACUAAAGAUGCCAAAUCAGCUCUCCGAUCAACCAAAGGUAAUAUUUGGCAAGCAAUUGAUAAAUGUGUCCAAAAAAAGGAAGAUGAUAAAACAGUUGACAAAAAAGACAUUAAAUCAUUCAGUCUUGAUAUUGAAGAAUCUGGUUCUGGUAAAUCAAAUAUGGAUGCAGUUCCAAUUAACUUACUUUCUUCCAACGAGGCGAGUCAAAACUUGAAGGCAAAAAGCCCAACAUUCAAUGAGAAAGAUUCAAAACAAGAUGAAAUAUCAAUCUCAAGAUCUUCUUCAUCGUCUGGAGAAUAUUUUUCUGAAGUUUCAGAAGAAAAUGAUUCUGAUACUGAUGGUCGAUUAUUAAAUGUUGAAGUCAGGAAUUUUGAUGCUUUUGAUGAAACUGAAGAGAUUGAAACUCAAGGAACGGAAGCAAAAGAUGAGCAAGAAUUAGAAGCUGACGAGGUAAACGAGGUUGAAGAACACGAUGAAUACGAGGAAGAGGAAGAUGAAGACGAAGUAGAUGAAGAUGUAGAUAAUGAGGAGCUCGUCAGGUUACGAUCAGAUUCCUUUGAAGGUGAUGAGGACAAUGAUAAUGAUAAAAACGUUGACGAAGAUGAAACAGAGAUGGAAGAUUAUGAAAAUUUAAGGAGAAGUUUAGAGCAAAGGUUAACGCAAUUAGGCUUAAACAGUAUUGAUGAAUAUAUUGAUGACUCGGACGAGGAUAAAGAAGAUGAUAAAGAGGAUGGAAAUAAGGAUAAAGACAAUGAGUUUGGUCAAGAAUUUGAGAUCCUCAAUAAAGACGACUUUAGUUCAAACGAUUCAGACAAAUGGAGUGAACAAUCAAGCGAGCAAUCAAGUGACCAAGACAAAGAUAACGAAGUAAUUGAUCAGCUGGCACUUCCACGACAACCUGUAACAAAAGAACGUUCAAUUUCUCCAUUAACCAUUGACUUGGAAGAGACACUUAAAUCAUCGGUUGAAUGUUUAGAAACACUUUAUCGAACCUCGCUUCAAACUGAUCCUAAUACAUCAAACCAAUUAAUAGAUGAGAAUCAACUAACUACAAUAAAUGAACCAGGACCAUCACAAGAAACAAAAACAUCAAACAAGUUGAAAGAAAAGCUUAAAAAGGGUUUAAAAAAAAAAGUAACUAAAGAGUUAGCCAAUCGAAACAAAGAAAAAGAUAAGCAGCUGCAGGAUCUGAAUCCAAGUGCGACAUCAACAUCGUUAAGCAAAGACAGCAGUGAUAACGGUAAAGGCCAGCAAACUUUAAUUCCAGCGAUUCCAAUUACAAGUUUACCAGUUAUCGACAAGGAAUCGCUUAACCCACAUUUUGGUUAUGCUCGGUCAGCCUAUGAGUGCGAAUUAUGUGCUGGAUCAUUUCAUAUUCGUGAUAUGGUUUCACUUAUUUCAUGUACUCACAAAGCUUGUAUCAACUGUUUAAGACAAUAUUUUGCGGUUCAAAUUCGUGAAGCUCAAGUAUUUAUUAUAACAUGCCCUUUCUGCUCGGAGCCCAGUAUGUCUCCUGACGAUGAAGACUCAGUCUGCGAUUAUUUAUCGCUUCUUGAUCAAUUGGUUAAAUCAUUGGUUACAGCUGAUCUUCAUGAGCUCUGGCAACGCAAGGUUCGUGAUAAAGUUUUAUCAAAAGAUCCAUCAUUUAGCUGGUGUACCAAUUGUUCAUCUGGUUUUAUUGCCUCCAAUCCUGCUGCUAAAACAAUUACAUGUCCUGAUUGUCAAAUAGUUACUUGUGCCUCUUGUCAUAAGGUUUGGGAAGAGCAACACAAUGGAAUUACCUGUGAACAGUUUACUGAAUGGAAACGCCUGAAUGAUCCUGAAUAUUCAGAAAACCAGUUGGAUCUUCAUUUGAAACAAUUUGGCAUAGAUUGUCCCAAUUGCCAUUUCCACUAUGAACUAUCUAAAGGUGGCUGUAUGCAUUUCCAUUGCAUCCAAUGUUCCCAUGAUUUUUGUGGUGGAUGUAGGCAGCCUUUUAGAUUAGGAUCAAAAUGUUCAGUUUCUAACUGGUGUGAUAAACUCGGUUUACAUGCACAUCAUCCUCGUAACUGUCUAUUUUAUUUACGAGAUAAAGAAGUUGACGAAUUACGUAAAUUAUUAGAUAUGAAUAACGUUGAAUACAAAUAUAAUGAGGAUAAACAAUCAACAAAUGAAUCUCGGGUUUGCAUGAUAAUGGAGCAAAAAGAGUAUCCUGAAGGGUUAAAAGACAUGCCUUGCGGCAGUAAUCUUGAAACUGCGGGAGUAUGCAAACAACAUUACAUUGAAUAUCUUGGAGGACUUAUCUUUGAACAUGGAAUAGACCCAAUUGAGAUAUUCACAGAAGAUGAAUUGAUUCAUGUUUUAAGACGAAGCAACGUGACUCUGCCGACUAAAAAAUACGGACAAGAUUAUCGGAAUAUUUUGUGUGAGACAAUCAAAAAGGAAUGUCCAUUGAUUAAAGACCCCAUCAAGUAACAUGUUUUUUCAAUUUGAUAUUAUAGUUGGCUAUUAUGGACUGGUUUGGUGCAAACCUGUAAAUCAAUGACAAAAUAAUUAUUGUCUCAAGAUUGCUGAAUUUUAUUAUUUAAUUAAGAUGAAUGGGAUCGGAAGCAAUUAGAUCCAGAAAAAGAUUAUAUUGAAAACUUAUUUCUACUUUCAACUAAAACUACAUAAGAUGCUAGAGCAGAUGCGGAAAAAGACAGUGAUGGAGAUGAAAAUGAAUUCAACUUUAAAACAAUCGAUAAACUCAAUCUGUCAUUAUCAAGUGGAUAAUAAAUAGAAACUGAAUUAUUAAAUAAAAGUUAUUGAACAGACU